AUUCUGAAGGUCUUUGAGAGUUUAGGUAAUACUUCAUUACAGCAGAAGGAUAUUUGAUGUCAAAAUGGGUGUUAAAAUAGAGAUAUUCAGAAUGAUACUGUAUCUAUCGUUUCCUGUGGCAAUGUUUUGGAUCUCAAACCAGGCAGAGUAUUUCGAGGAGUAUGUAGUAAAGAGAAAGAGAGAAAUCUUCCCCCCUGAUGACGAAGCACAAAGAAAAGAAUGGGAAGCAUUCAAAGAACGAAUGCGUGCUCUAAACGAGGAGAGAAUGUUAAAGAAUGCUUCUGUCAACUCUGACAAUGGAGGAACACGAUGAAAAAAGCACGUUGUAAGGCUACCUGGCAGUAAUUCUUGGGAAUGAGACCAUGUUUUUAGUUGUACUAAGAGCACAUUGCAUUCGAAAUACUUCCAGAGUAACAUCAUCUGAAGAUGUGCGAGGCUGUUUCUACGAAAUAAUCAUGCCCGGUAUGCCUAAUUAGUUUUAUAAAAACGUUUCUUUGUGUAUUUUUAAAUAGCUGUGAUCUCACAAUCACAGCACAUUUAUUUACUUUAUGUUUGUUGUGUGUUUUAUUUUGUAUGAGGUGUCAAUAAAAUGUACAAAACUGA